GUGACCAAAGUGCAGUCUUCUGUUGUUGAGACAACCUAGAGAACUAGACCACUUGAAAAGCGGGUGUUUAUGGCCACACCAAGGGGGUAAACAAGUUUUCUUCCGAAGACGCAAAAUUCCAUCUAAGGUCUACUAUAGGAUUGACGAUAAAAGCAGGAUGCCCGAUGAAUUUAGAAGAUUUCCCAAUGGAUAUUCAACGCUGUCCCUUAAAGUUUGGUUCCUUCGGGUACACGAGCCAUGACGUCAUCUACAGAUGGAACACGGCUAGACAGGUAGCAAUAGCUGAAGACAUGAAACUGAGUCAGUUCGAUCUCAUUGCCACGCCAGCAGCGAAUCAUACCGACUCAGUACUGAACAGCGAUGCCCAAUCAGCCGAAUAUUCGAUGCUGUUAGUUAGCUUCCAUUUGCAACGACAUAUGGGUAACUUUUUGAUACAAGUUUAUGGUCCAUGUGUUCUACUGGUAGUGCUAUCCUGGGUCUCCUUCUGGUUGAACAGAGAAGCAACGGCAGACAGGGUUUCAUUAGGUAUAACGACGGUGCUGACUAUGACAUUCCUUGGCCUAGAGGCGAGGACCGACCUUCCCAAAGUACCAUACCCAACUGCCUUAGAUUUCUUCGUAUUUCUUUCAUUUGCGUUUAUUUUUGCAACCAUUAUACAGUUUGCAGUAGUCCAUUACUUCACCAAGUAUGGUUCUGGAGAAUGCUACUUUAGCUCAGAGCUGGGAUCAGAGUCCAGCAGUGAUGAUGAAGAAGCUUGGACGCAAAUGGAUACCAAUAAAACAAUUCCUGAUUCGUCACCGUCUACGUCCAAAAGAUACAGUACUGCCUUGCCAAGUAGACUACAGUCUGACUUCGUUGAAGUGAUACCUCUGUCAGCAUGUGCCAUUCCAAUGCCACACCACAGAAAACCGUCCCAAACGUGGAGCAGUUUAUCAUGCCUAAGCCGCUCAGAGUCAAGAUCUUCGUUUUUGAUCCAGAAAGGAGCUCAAGAAAACGACCGAAAACCAUCUUACCAAAGUCAGACUCAACCCAAAAGAAGGAAGAAGCGAACCCCUCGCUUUAACUCGGUGUCCAAGAUUGAUCGCGCGUCCAGGGUCGUUUUCCCUUUCCUUUUCAUAGUGAUAAAUCUAUUUUACUGGUACAGUUACUUAUCUAGGACCAAUAGGAUUAAAUAACGAACAUGCUUAUGUAAGCGACAAUAAAUGAAUUUUGUAAAAUA